AUGGAGCUGCUACACGGGCAGCAACGUGAGGAGCUAGUGGGACGGGAGGGAAUAGCAGCACCUGAGGAGUUGGCGGUGGACCAGGAGGCGGGGAGCGAGGCGCCUGCGGCCGCGGCGGCAGCGGGAAAUGGCGCAACGGUGACUGAGUCGGAGGCGGCUGUGGCGGUUGAGGCUGUGGCUGCUGCGGGGCCGGAGUGGGUUGUUGCUGAGGAGACUGGGGCGGAGGCGUUGCAACCAGGGGAGCUGGAACAGGCAGUGGAUCCGGAGCAGACCGAGGAGUUGGUGCUGGCGGCGUCACCGGAGCCUGUAACGGCGGCUGCGCUGGCUGCAGCGGUGACAGCGGCGGCAGGGGAACAGGACGGAGACCGGGCCGAGGAGGAUGCGCCGAUUGCCGCUGCGAGCGCCGAAACGUCGGCUGCUGCCAAGGGCGCAAGCACGCAGGGGCACGACCAUGAGGGGAGCGAUAGACGGGGUCACGCACCCGCCGCGUCUGCCGGCGCCGCCCGCGGGAAGACAGUGAAGAAGAAACUUCGAGCCCAGCGAGCACCGAGGCGGGGAUCACCUGGGGCCAACCGCGAGGUCACCAGACAGUCCCGGCUAACACAACGUGGAUCCCGGCGGGCCGAGCACCAUAGGCCGGGCGCGGUGGACGAAACGCUGAGAAUUUGGGUAGGGGAGGCGCAACGGCAGGCACGGGGAGAGGCGGAGCCCGCGGUGCAAGAGGCGGACGGAGAGGAGGUGGCGCAAUCGUUGGUGGAAGAGAGGCGCUGUUGCGGUCGGGAACGUGGCGGGAACGCCACGAUCGCCCUGAACAGGUGGCGGAUCCCACGACUCAGAAUGAAGCAGAUGCUGAAAGGGGUGAGGACGGGAGGAUUAUGA